ACCAACGAACGUAUUUUCGACCCACGUAAACUGCCUGUUACGUCCGUGUUAUUUAGUACCAAAAGGGUGUGCGGAAAAAGAAACAACAUUCAUUGGAUUAGUGGAUGCCACUAAAUGCGAUUCAUUAGUUGAAGACGGUACGCAAGUUAACAAGAUGAAACGGUGUUAUAAAGAAUUGUAAUUAAGUUAGUGAAGUGUUCAGGGCAUUACUGUGAAAAUUUACGCCAAGAUUAUUACGAAAGAUCAUAAGCUUAAAACAGUGAUCCCGUGUGCUCGAAUAAUUGCCUGUUCAGCAUAGUUGUUCAUAAAUUUCGAAUCUUAAGAUGGAGCAGCUGAGAAAACGAAAUUAACAAAUCGAUGGUUUGAAGACCUCGUAUAAACAUGUGUUGACGAGUGUUUUUUUUAUUCUCGACGAUUUUUCUUAUUUGAAAUUGCUAUAAAAUGACAAACGUGUGGCUUUGAUAUCAAAAUAAUAAAAAAUAAUAAUAAAUUGCGUUACAAGGAUUAUUUUUUUUGUGCUGACGUUAACUUGACUAAGUCCAUAGUACAUUUAAACAACCCUAUUGCGAUGUCAUAUGUGACGAUGGAUAUUAGUAUAUAUGCUCUUGUGCAUACAGGUCUAUUAUUUUACACUGCAUCAUAGCAGACCAAAUGGAGGUCCAGCGAUGGGAAAUUUGUGUUUGAAAAAUGUCGUGGUUACCAUAGUAAUCGUUCUCAUACAUCUGCAACUGGUGGCGUCAACGUGGUGGUUUAUAAGUCAGUUGCCGCUUCACGCGGUCGGCGCAGGGGUGCUGUGUGACAACGUACCGGGACUGGUUGGCAGACAGAGGCGCAUGUGCAGGAUUCACCAGGAGGCGAUGGUGAUCCUAGGGCAGGGGGCGCUACAGGGCGUGCACGAGUGCCAGCACCAGUUCCGGCAACACCGCUGGAACUGCUCCACCCUGGACCGGGACACAUCCGUGUUCGGCAAGGUGCUCCUCAAAGUAGGAACAAGAGAAGCCGCCUUCGUCUACUCGAUAUCUUCGGCGGGGGUCGCGUAUUCCAUCACACGAGCCUGCAGUCUCGGGCACCUGAGCACGUGCGCGUGCGAUCCGAACCGGAAGGGGCGUGGUCGAGACAAACAGGGAAAUCCCUUCCAAUGGGGCGGCUGCAGCGAUGACGUCAACUACGGACAGAAGUUCGCGAAGAUGUUCAUUGACGCUAAAGAGAAACAACAUAUGGACGCGAGGGCGUUAAUGAAUCUGCAUAACAACAAAGCCGGCCGUCAGGCAGUCCAGAAGCAGCGGAAGCUCGAGUGCAAGUGUCACGGGAUCAGCGGCUCGUGCGCCAUGAGGACCUGCUGGCGGGCCCUCCGCGACUUCCGACGCGUCGGCACUUUCCUCAAAAAUAGGUACAACGGCGCCAUACAGGUGAUGAUGAACCAGAACUCGGCCGACGCCGACCUCGUUGUUGCCAAUAGAAACCAUAAGAAACCAACGAAGUACGACCUCGUAUAUUUCGACGCGUCGCCCGAUUACUGCAACGAGGAUUUAGAAUUAGGUUCUCCGGGGACAGCAGGUCGGGAGUGCAAUGCUUCUUCCAUCGACACUGACGGCUGUGACAUCAUGUGUUGUGGGCGCGGGUACCAUACGCAUACUGAGAAGCGCGUGGACAAGUGUGAGUGCAAGUUCCACUGGUGUUGUGAUGUGGUCUGCAAGAACUGCACGAGAACUGUAGACGUGCACACGUGCCUUGGGGAGCGUACACAACGAAAAUAUAAAUGGGGACAUUAACUGGACAAUCUGAGCAAUAACAGGUUACACAAACGCUUAUUAACUGUACACUUAAGAGCGAGAACAGGUUAUACAAGCCCUUUGUAAAAUUACGACGUCACAUAGUGUCCAUAAACUCUAGGCCAAGUGUCGCACAAUUAGCCAAGCAAGAAAUAUUCAAUACGGUAUGUUUGCUCUGUGCAAAGUAAAACAUAAGAAGUUACCGUACCAUGUGUGAAGAAAAACAUUUUUUAAAUUUAUAAUAAUUGUUUUGCCAAAUUAAUGUACUUUAAAGGAAAAAAAAUCCAUGAAGAGUAGGUUAACUAUUGCAUAAUAUGCAAUCAGAAAUGGCUGUGUUGCACGCGGAUAUCUUCAACACCAAGAAAUAUUGGUUGUAAGCUUAUUGUUAAGGUAAAAUUGCUUCAAUUUGUUUUCAUAACUAAUACUGGCUUUUUAAAGCGCGAGUGCAUGUUUUGUUUUCUCUUCAAUGUUAUUUGUUACAUAAAUGUGAUAAGUGAUAUACCUCAUUUGUUUGUCAAUAAAUGCA